AUGCCAUUGUCUCCACCAAGGCCUCAAUGCUUGUUGGCUUUCACUGCAGGAGACUCGGGGACGGCAUACACCGGCAGCGUCUAUGACCACUCUUUCGACAACAGUCUCGCGGGCCUGGAUGGGACACGGGCAGAUGAAGAACACAGUCCGAAUUUCAACAGAAUAUUCAACUGGUUCACGCAGCAUAGCGGGCUCGAUUUCCUCUCAUGUUCUCGAGACACCGGACUCAAGGACGUGGUCCAGGCUAUCCAUGCGUGCCAACAUCGUCUCUCCGAUCGCUCGCGCGCCACGCAUCUCGUGCCAGAGCUAUCCCAGCGGCCGCACGCGGCUUCGAACGACUUGUCUCUGCUUGCAUCGGCGCCAAUCGAGUUGCCAAAGUCUUGGAACGAGUCCUUGCCGUCGUUACCAAGGGUUAACAAGCUCUUCUCACAGUCCCCCAUGCUGGAUCGGCUUUGCCCCUCCGACGUAAGAUUCUUGGAAGAUAACGGCUGUUUUCAGGUUCCACCAAAUCCCGUGCUCGACAUCUUCUUGAGAGAGUACUUCUUAUACAUUCAACCCAUGUUACCGGUUCUGCAUGAGCGCGACUUCUGCGAAGCCUUCAUUGACAUCGAUGGCGACAAGACCGUCCCCAAUCCUCCGUCUUUGUUUGUGUUCCAAGCCGUGCUGGCGGCGAGUUCAAUGGUAAGACCUGUAGAUGCCUGUGGGGUCCUUCUCGGACCACGGACAAUGCACAAAUUCGAACUGACUCGUCGUGCUCGUCAACAGUUUGUCCCUCUAGGCACAUUAAGUGCCUGCGGAUUUCGAGACCAUCAAGCUGCACGCCAGUCUCUGUGUCGCCGAGCUUAUCUCCUCUAUGAUUUGGGGUGGGAAGACGACCCGAUCACCAUUACGCAGGGGGCUCUGAUCCUAUCCCUCAUUAGCUCCAACAACGAUAUGGCCAAAGGAAACAGCUUCUGGCUCAUGACGGCCGUGCGGUACGCCACGGCAGCUCGACCGAGUCCCGGCAAUACCCACAACACCGCAGGGCAGGAUCUCUGGACGAGGCUAUGGUGGUGCUGUAUCAUUCGGGACCGACUGAUCUCAUUAGGAUCAAGGCGACCACUCCAUGUCACCUUGGACACGUUCAACCCAGUGCGGCUGCCUGCGUUGACCCUCGCCGACCUGGAGAGCGAUCGCGACGGGUCAUUGGUGUAUGAUCAAACCACGCAAAAACAUCUGGCGCGGUUCUUUCUACGCCAGCUUCAGCUUGCCAUCGCCCUAUCAAAGCUGCUGACCCUCAUUUACCCGCCUGGUGACUCAGUGGUGCCGCAGAUAUCCUCGUUCAGUGACUACUCAGAGACUCUCCUCCGGAUAGAGCAGUGUAAGGAAGAUCUACGAGAAUGGUCAGAAUCCGCCCGCCUGCAAUCGUCGUUGAAGACUCCAUUGCACAUUUCUCUGAUACUAUUUGACCGGUUACUGAGCAUGUCGUUCCGCACCGCCGAGAUCGCUCUCUAUUCCACCGAAUUUCUUCUUUCUCAUUUUUAUCCGUCGUACGCGAACGUCUUGAUUGAGAUUAGGCUCCGUGUGGCGCGAGAAACAAUCUACGAGGGCAUCAUGUCUAUUUGUGAAGCCACCGGCGAUCUGUGCGCGCGCGGCUUGGAGACCAAAUUGGAUAUGCAAGGACCUGCAUACACGGCCCUCCCGCUCAAGGUCCUUGAAGUUGGUUUCCAGCUCGACACCGAAAGCUCCGAAUCAGUGACUCUACAUCAAUGUCUGCAGACACUUCAAACUGCUAUGAAAGUAUACAAGAGCAAGUGGGAUGGGAUCGAUCCUGUCUUCAAUCAUAUUGAGGUGCUAAUUCCAAUACCCUCGGCACCACCCGUCUAUGAAAGUACAACCGACCCUUCGCUGCCAGAAGCCCAUCAUUCGAUCAGUGCGGUCUCGAAUUCGUCGUUUAAGGACACUUGGUGUGAGUUCCUCAGGCAACACCGCGCUUUGUACCUGCAGGUCACCACGACUUUGAACUUUUGUAUCGCCCGCGGGGAACGGGUCGGACGUCAUGACUUGCCUGAGCAGCUUCGACCAGACUUCUUCACGCCUGCAUCGGCGGCGAUCAAAGCAACCAGAAUCGGGUCACCAAUUCUCCGGCUCCCCCAACUAGGGACUCUGGAUGAGGAUCCAUGGCCUGGCAUUCACAACAUGUUCCUCUAUCCUCCGAUUGGCCCGGGACCACGGGAAGAGAUAGAACAUUCGACUAUGGGUAGUAGAGUGAACCCUGGAGACCAGUUCAAUGGCGAAUCGGAUGCCUCCCCGGGACCCGCGAUAGAUUCCGUGUUCCCCAUGGAACUUCCGACUCUGGGUACACUGACUUCGUGGGAUGAAUUUCUCGAACACCAAGAUAACGAUGCAGAACUCUGA